AACAUGGCCGAGCGCUACGACUGCACAGAGUGUAAGAAGACGCUGUACGGGCAGAAGUACAUCCUGAAGGUGGAGAACCCAUACUGCGUAGAGUGCUAUGAGGAUCUUUUCUCCAGCAGCUGUGAAGUGUGCCAGAAGCUCAUUGGCUGCACCAGCAAGGAUCUGUCGUACAAGGACCAACACUGGCACAGCGACUGUUUCCUCUGCAUCAAGUGCAGCCGCUCUCUGGUGGAUCAGCCCUUUGCCAGCAAGGACGAGAACCCCAUGUGCAUCGAGUGCUACAGCAACGAGUACUCCUCCAAGUGCCACGAGUGCCUCAAGACCAUCAUGCCUGGCUCCAAAAAGAUGGAGCAUAAGGGCAAAAGUUGGCACGAGAAUUGCUUUACCUGCAACCGUUGCCAGCAGCCAAUGGGAACCCGGAAAUUCAUCCAGAAGGAGGCCAACCACUACUGCCUGCCCUGCUACGAGAAGCAGUUUGCCAUGCAGUGUGUGCAUUGCAAAAAGCCAAUCACCACCGGAGGAGUGAAUUACCGUGACCAGCCCUGGCAUAAGGAGUGCUUCGUCUGCAUCGGCUGCAAGCAGCAGCUGGCCGGACAGAGGUUCACCUCCCGGGACGAUUUCGCCUACUGCCUCGACUGCUUCUGCAACCUGUUCGCGAAGAAAUGUGCCUGCUGCUCCACCCCGAUCAGCGGCCUCGGAGGCAGCAAGUACAUCUCGUUCGAGCAGCGUCAGUGGCACAACGACUGCUUCAACUGCAAAAGAUGCUGCGUGUCUCUGGUGGGUCGAGGCUUCCAGACAAGCAAAGACGACAUCCUCUGCCCCGACUGCGUCAAAGACUUCUGAGCCAUUUCCAAGCCGGGAAAAUAGUUUGUCAAAUUUGGCACUGCCUCUCCUUGCCUAUCAUUAAUUCUCACACAUUAACUCACAGUACUGCUAAGGUGUUUUCUGC